AUGCUGACCGUAUGCCACAAGGCCGCUGCCAAAUCCAGCACCCAGCGCUUCCACUACAUCUCGGCCGACGUCGCCGUGCCCAACUACGCGCCGGCCGUCAUCCGGGACGCCCUGGCCUGGAACGAGGACAAGCCCAUUGACAUUGUGUGGUGCGUCGCCGGCAUGUCCACGCCGAUGCUGUGGGCCGAGGAGACCCCCGAGGUCGCCUUUGGCGCCGGCCGCCGCGCCAUGGAUGUCAACUACUGGGGCGCCGCCGAGAUGGCCCACGCCAUCCUGCGCGAGUGGCUGCGGCCCGCGGCCGGGCCCUACAAGGAGCCGCGCCACCUCAUCUUCACAGCGUCCGUGCUCGCGCUGUACCCCGUCGCCGGCUAUGCGACCUACACGCCGACCAAGUGGGCGCUGCGCGGCCUCGCCGACACGCUGACGCAGGAGGUCAUGCUGUACGAGCAGACCAACCCGGUGCGCGUGUCCGUUGUGUUCCCCGGCACGAUCCUGAGCCCCGGCUUUGCGCGCGAGACCCAGACAAAGCCCGACGUGACGAUCCACCUGGAAAAGGACGACCCGCAGUUCACGCCGGACGAGGUGGCCGCCAAGGCCAUCAAGGGCCUGCAGCGCGGCGACCACUUUGUGACGGUGUCGAUGCUGGGCGAAGUGAUGCGCUGGGGCGUGCUGGGUGGCGCGCCGCGCAACGGGCUCCUGGACAUGCUGGGCGCGUACCUCAUGGCGCUCAUUAUGCCCUUGAUUUUGUGGUGGUUCCACGGCGAGAUCAAGUCGUGGGGCAAGAAGAACGGCCACCCGGCCACCUACAAGAAGAAGAUAUAG